GUUGGGUUCUUUGUUUCAGGGCAUGGUAAAUUUGAGACUCUAGGUGCCCUUGGAAUUUCAGGUAUGCUAUUGGCUACUGGGGGAGGUAUAGCAUGGCAUGCUUUAGAUGUGUUGAUGGUAUGUGCUAGCUUAUUUUGUUGUUUUGGUGUUUGUUGUAUUUUGUAAAUUUGUUAAAGAUAUGUAUCUACCUUAUCUGAAACAGAAUUCAUAUUACUGGUACCCCCAAAAAGGCCUAGGGAAAAUUCUUUAAAAAGGGUUGAAACAUAACACAGUUUCCCUAAUAUGACCAGCGGUCCAAUGUUUUUGUUUUCUUGUAGGAUUGAAUGACUCCUAUUUAGUGGCUAGUGUAUUUUCUCCACAUAUAUUAGUAUGUUAUUUGAGUUCUUUUUUUCACUUUCCAUAUCUUGCGAUAGGGAUUGUGGUCAGCAGUGCCUGAAGUGGUUAGCCAGUCACUAGCUCAUGGUCAUCAUGGUGGACUAGGACAUCAUCAUGAAAUUGAUAUGGAUCACCCUGUUCUUGCUUUAAAUAUGACUGUACUGUCUAUAGCUGUUAAAGAAGGGUAUGCUUCAUUUUAAUCAUCAACCACACAAGGAGACUAGUGUGAGGACCAAAUACUUUAGCGUUUCUUGUGUUUGGUUAGUUUUAUUUUAUCCUUAGAACUGGUGAAUAUUACACUUCUCGAGUGAUGCUAUUACUUCAAGAGACGUAUGAACUCAGUUUAUGCUUGAAACGUGUAAUGCACAAGGGGUAAACUUAAUUUGAUGCAAAGUAUGACUAAUUUUUAUGUACUGCCAUUGAAUAGAAACACUUCUUUAUGCUAUCAUUUUAUGCUGCUGUUACCCAUAUAUGCUGCUUUGAUGUUCUCUCUUUUAUGUAGAUUGUACCGGAUAACGAAGAGAGCUGGGGAGAAGACAGGAAGCGGACUAAUGAAAGCUAAUGCAUGGCAUCACCGUGCUGAUUCUGUUUCUUCUUUGGUUGCUCUCGUAGGAGUUGGUGGAUCUUUUCUUGGGGCAAGGUUCUUGGAUCCUCUUGCUGGACUUGUUGUUGCAGGUAUGAUCCUUAAAGCAGGACUGGAAACUGGUUACCAGAGUGUCCUGGAAUUAGUUGAUGCCGCUGUCCCCUCUCAUGUUUUGGAGCCUUUUAGAAACACAAUAUUGCAAGUAAAUGGGGUUAAGGGGUGUAAUCACCUUCGAGGAAGAAGAGCGGGUUCAUUUUUGUACCUUGAUGUUAAUGUUGAGGUGGACCCAUUCUCUAGUGUUAGUGCUGCACAUGAAGUUGGUGAACAUGUGCAGCAUGAACUCCAGCAAGCACACCGUGAAGUUGUUGAAGUCUUUGUUCACAUAGACCCUUCAAAUUCACAUCAUCAUGACGAAGAGGAAACAGCGGAGUCCUACAACCACAACAACAAAUCCUCUUUCGAGUACCCCACGGAGCUUGCAAACACUGUUUCAAAAAUCUUGUCAUCGAAAUUUCCGGAGAAAAUAGUGGUGGAGCGGAUAACACACCACGUGUUGUUGGAAGGGCAGCAGAUAAUUCUUCAAGUUGAAGUCUCCAUGCCUGAGGAACUCUUGAUCAGGGACGCGGUGAAGCUCGCCGAAGAAGCAGAGAAAAUGAUCAGGGAGGAAGCGGCGACAGGUGAAGUUGUGGCAAAAGUCUGCUUCCUGCUCCGACUAGGCAGGUGUCCCAUGCCCACAGGAGAUGAUGAUGAUACCUCCUAAUUGACUUACGGAGUAUAUCUUUAGCUGUAUUGAAGACCAAACUGGAAAAUUACAAAAAAAAUUGACAGGUUGUCCUAUAGCAAAACUUCCUAUGAUUAGUAUCACAAAACUACCUACAUAUUCCUAUAUAUUUAAGGCCAUGCUUGGAGUACACCAAAAUAGAUACUCAUUUGUGCACUAAGCAAAUACAGACACUUAGUUUGUUUGGUGUACAAAGGAGGUACCGCAUUUUGGUGCGCCCUUAGAUUUAUUCAGAUAUUCACGGAGCAUUAAACAAAAUUAAUAAUAGAAUCAAUGUUUAUCUCAUUGUAUAUGUAGAAGCUUAUAGCCAUCAAGGAAUCAGUUUC